AAACACAGUCCUCACUCCUCACUCCCGAAACAACACACUGAUCCUGUGCGAAGCUUACAGUACAAACCCUAGAAAUUCCAGAUUUUUCAAAAAAGACGAGCAGAUAGUCAGUGUUUUAGGGUUUGCUUCAAGGAGAAAGCUGAAUAUUUUGGUGCAAUGGGGGUGUUGCAGUCUUCCAAGGAAGAGAUAGGAACGAGUAGUAAGGAUGACAAGGACAGGCUGUCUGAUGAGGGUGAUAUGGACAUAGAUGAUGAUGAUGAUGAUAUAUUUGAUGACUUCAGUGUGCGACAACUGGGGGAAGAAUAUCUAAAAGGUUUCUGUCGAAAGGCAGCUAUGUCUUUCUUCAAGGAGUAUGGUUUGAUUAGCCAUCAGAUCAACUCGUACAAUGAUUUCAUUAAAAAUGGUCUCCAGAAGGUCUUUGAUUCUUUUGGUACGAUUAUUAUUGAACCUGGCCAUGAUCCAUCAAAGAAGGGAGACAGUGGUGAGUUACGUUAUGCUUCUGUGACAUUUGGAAGGGUCUCACUCGAUCGGCCUACCAUUUUCACUGCUAGUGGAGCAGGUGAUCAAAAACUGCUCCCCAGGCAUGCCAGGCUUCAAAACAUGACAUAUUCAUCCAGGAUGAAAGUUAAUGUCACAUUUCAGGUAUAUACAAAGAGACUUGUUAGGAGUGACAAGUUUAAAACUGGACAAGAGCAAUUUCUUCAGGAUGACAUUGUAUAUGAAGACGUGAGGGAAAUCAUAAUUGGGAGUAUCCCUGUGAUGGUAAGAUCAGAGUUGUGUUGGAUGAAUGAAGCGGAAAAAGAUGAUUGUGAUUUUGAUCAUGGUGGCUAUUUUCUGAUCAAGGGUGCUGAGAAGAUAUUUGUUGCUCAAGAGCAAAUUUGCAUGAAAAGACUAUGGAUUUCAAAUAACCAGGGUUGGACAGUUGCAUACAAGUCAGAGGUGAAGAGGAAUAGACUAAUUAUUAGACUUGUGGGGAAUUCAAAUUUUGAAGACAAUAAGGGAGCAGAGAAAGGACUAAAUGUAGCAGAGAAAGUACUAAAUGUAUAUUUCCUAUCCACUGAGAUUCCUCUGUGGAUUUUAUUUUUUGCCCUUGGAAUCUCAUCAGACCGAGAAGUUGUGGAUCUGAUUGAUUAUGAGAACACUGAUGCUGGUAUAUCAAAUAUACUAUUUGCCUCAAUACACGAUGCUGAUAACAAAUGUGAAGGAUUUCGUAGAGGAAAGAAAGCUCUUGGUCAUUUACAGAAGUUAAUACAAGAGACCAAAUUUCCACCUGAGGAAAAAGAAGUUGAAAAGUGCAUAGCCUUGUAUCUUUUUCCUGCUCUUCAUGGCCGUAAACAAAAGGCUCGAUUUCUUGGGUAUAUGGUCAAGUGUCUGUUACAAGCCUAUUCUGGCCGCAGAAAAUGUGACAAUAGAGAUGAUUUUCGAAAUAAGAGGUUAGAGUUGGCUGGUGAGCUCCUUGAACGAGAGCUAAAAGUGCAUAUUGCUCAUGCAAGGAGACGGAUGGCCAAGGCUUUGCAAAGAGAUCUUUAUCCAGAUCGCUCUCCACGGCCCAUUGAGCAUUAUCUGGAUGCAUCAAUUAUCACAAAUGGUCUUUCCAGAGCGUUUUCCACUGGAGCAUGGUCACAUCCCUUUAGGAGGAUGGAAAGGAUUUCUGGUGUUGUUGCAAAUCUUGGGCGGGCAAAUCCUCUGCAGACGUUGAUUGAUCUACGGAAAACACGCCAACAGGUUGCCUACACUGGGAAGGUUGGAGAUGCCAGAUACCCACACCCUUCUCACUGGGGCAAAGUUUGCUUUCUUUCUACCCCAGAUGGUGAAAAUUGUGGGCUUGUGAAAAAUCUGGCCAUCACUGGGCUUGUUAGUACAGACACGCUGGAACCCUUUGUUGAUACAUUGUUUGAUUGUGGUAUGGAGAAGCUAGUGGAUGAUGCUACAACUUCACUUAACAGGAAAUGUAAAGUGUUUCUGAAUGGAGAGUGGAUUGGUGUUUGUGAAGAUUCACUCUCAUUUACAGCUGAGUUGAGAAGAAAGCGGCGGAAGAAACAAUUUCCACAUCAGGUGGAAAUCAAAAGGGAUCAGAAGCAAGGAGAAGUCCGUAUCUUUUCUGAUGCUGGAAGGAUUCUGCGUCCUCUUUUGGUAGUUGAGAAUAUCAAGAAGAUCAAAGCAUUUAAAGGGGGAAAUUACACCUUUCAGUCUCUUUUGGACAAGGGGAUAAUCGAGCUGGUUGGAUGCGAAGAAGAGGAGGAUUGUCGUACUGCAUGGGGUAUAAAGUACCUUGUAGCGGAGGAUGAAGGGAAGGAAUGUGUCAAGUAUACUCACUGUGAACUUGAUAUGUCGUUUCUGUUGGGAUUGAGCUGUGGGAUUAUUCCAUUCGCAAAUCAUGAUCAUGCUAGGAGGGUUCUUUACCAAUCGCAGAAGCAUUGUCAACAGGCAAUUGGGUUUUCUACCACAAAUCCGAACAUACGAGUUGAUACCCUGUCACACCAGCUCUACUACCCACAAAGGCCACUCUUUCGGACAAUGACUGCUGACUGUCUUGGGCAAACAGGUGGAUCACUGGGUCAGACUCGAAUACUGCCAAAGCCUGAAUUGUUCAAUGGCCAGAAUGCUAUUGUGGCAGUGAACGUCCAUCUUGGAUACAACCAAGAAGAUUCCUUGGUCAUGAACCGGGCCUCUCUAGAGCGUGGGAUGUUCCGUUCGGAACACAUAAGAAGUUAUAAAGCAGAGGUUGAUAACAAGGAGGACAUUCAGGAGAAAAGGCGGAAAUUAGAGGACCAUGUAAGUUUUGGGAAAAUACAGAGUAAGAUUGGACGGGUGGAUAGCCUUGAUGAUGAUGGAUUUCCUUUCAUCGGUGCCAAUCUGCAGAGUGGGGAUAUUGUUAUAGGAAAGUGUGCUGAAUCUGGGGCUGAUCACAGUAUAAAACUGAAGCACACUGAGAGAGGCCUGGUUCAGAAGGUGGUUCUAUCUUCAAAUGAUGAUGGAAAAAAUUUUGCUGUGGUAUCUCUGAGACAGGUUCGUACUCCAUGUCUUGGGGACAAGUUCUCAAGCAUGCAUGGACAGAAAGGUGUUCUUGGAUUUCUGGAGGCUCAGGAGAACUUUCCCUUCACAGCACAAGGUAUCGUCCCUGAUGUGGUAAUUAAUCCGCAUGCAUUUCCUUCACGGCAAACGCCAGGCCAACUCUUGGAGGCUGCUUUGGCAAAGGGUAUUGCCUGUGGUGGGUCAUUGAGACAUGCCACCCCAUUCUCCACUCUCUCUGUUGAGGCCAUCACUGAGCAGCUGCAUAGAGCUGGAUUUUCAAGGUGGGGAAAUGAGAGAGUCUACAAUGGCCGAACUGGUGAGAUGGUUCGAACGAUGAUUUUCAUUGGACCGACAUUCUAUCAGCGGCUAAUACACAUGGCAGAAGAUAAAGUUAAGUUCCGAAAUACUGGGCCCGUCCACCCACUCACGAGGCAACCAGUUGCAGACAGGAAACGAUUUGGUGGCAUCAAAUUUGGGGAGAUGGAGCGGGACUGCCUCAUUGCCCAUGGUGCCUCGGCGAACUUGCACGAGCGCCUCUUCACACUCAGUGAUUCCUCUCAGAUGCACGUCUGCCAGAAGUGCGAAAAUGUAGCAAGUGUGAUACAACGGACGGUGCAGGGUGGCCGCAAGAUCAGAGGCCCCUACUGCAGGUUGUGCGAGUCUGCAGAUGAUAUUGUGAGGGUAAGUGUUCCAUACGGUGCCAAGUUACUGUAUCAGGAGCUUUUCUGCAUGGGCAUCAAUCUCAAGUUUGAAACCCGUAUAUGUUAGAAUUUGUUGGGUUUUAUCUGUUGGCUACUUAACUUUUCAGAACUUGGUAUAUGACAUACCUCCUUAACACCUGGAGUCUGUUCCGGUGAUUCUGCAAAACCAUUUGCUAAACUUAUUAGAGCAACUCUUUUUAUGCUAUUGACUUCGUAAAAUUUCCUGAAA